AUGCACGACUGUGGAGACGCAGCCACCAGGCUGGAUGACGCCAUACUCCCCGCACUGGAAAGGAGCAGAGAGUCCAAGUUUACACUCGCCUCUGGCUCCCAACCACGACGCGAGGUGCCGGCCUGGCGGGGCCGGGGCGGUGGCUGGGUGGGCUGCCCCGCAGGGUCAGCGGCAAGCGCAGCCGGGGGACGACACGGCUCCCCGCGGGGCCAGAAAAAACAGGCAGCCCUGGCCAAGUUGCCAACGGGACCCAGGCGGCGGUGUGACGAUACCGACCUCCGUCACCACCAGGCAGGAAGCACGCUGGGCGGGCUGGGGCUCCCUUGCUCCCACGCGGCAGCUCCCGGACCCCUCCUUCCAGUCCUCCCACCGGGCCACAACCCCCCACUCCAGUCCCCUCCCCCCCCCCCCCCCGCUCCCCGAACGACCGAAGGCCCGGGGAACGGCCUGGCGGAGGCGGGAGGCCAGCCAGGCGGCUGGGGCGGCGCGGAGGCGGACUGUGGCGCGGCGGAGUGUGGCGCGGCAACCCCCCCUCCCCGUCCCGCUCGCCCCUGCCCCGCCGCCUCAGCCGGACAGCCGGCGGGCGGAGGGGCCGGCGGCGGCCCAGGCCUGGGUCAGGGGUGGUGCGGAGCGGUCGCCGGGGGACACCGCCCGCUGCCGGGGAAGGCCUCGCCCGGCCACCACCCGCCGAGAGACGAGCACUCACCGGCAGCCGACGGCCCGCCCUGCUACGGCCGCCCCGCCAUUGUGCCGCGGCGGAAAAGGCACCGGUCCCUCCGCGCGGCCCAUCCGCGCGGGUCUUCCGGCAGCCCGGCCCCGCCUCCCGCCGCGGCACCGGGGAAAGGCGUGAGGGCGGGAUUUGUAGGUUCGCGUCGGCGGCGGGCGGGAGGGGCCGCCAGCGGCUGGCCCCGGGCCUCCCUUCGGCCUCGGCGCCCUGCCCGCCCAGUGCGGUGUGGGUCGCCGGGCCGGCUGCCGGUGGCGAGGGUGGUACGCCACGGCCAGCCCUGCCAACGCAAGACCCACGAGCGGGCGUGGAAGGCUCUUCCCGGCGGCGGGGAGGAGGCGGCCGUUGGUGUUCCGUGGAGCCCACCUCCAGGGGAGAGGUGUAUAGCGCGCACGGCGGUCGUCUUCCUGGAAAGGCAACGCAUUUCACUGUUGCGACACUGUCCAGCUUGAAAAGCUACUAUGAAGUAU